AUGUCCUCAAACAAAAGAGUCCCCGUCUGGCUAGACGUAGACACCGGCCACGACGACGCCUUCGCCCUGCUCCUCGCCACCCACCACCCUUCCGUCAACCUCCUUGGCAUCAGCACCGUCUUCGGUAACGCCCCUUUGACGAAAACGACUUACAAUACCCGCGCCAUCCUCAAGGCGAUUGGGAAGGAGUCUGUUCCUGUUUAUGCUGGGGCUGGGGGACCUUAUUGCCGAGCGGCAGCCCACGCUCCAGACAUUCAUGGAGAGAGCGGUUUGAAUGGCACGACCUGUCUCCCCAUCCCCGACGUCCCGGUACGAAACGACCGCACAGCCGUGCAAGCAAUAUACGACGCCCUCAUCGCCACCCCAAAAGGAACAGCCUGGCUCGUCCCCACAGGCGCAAUGACGAACAUCGGGCUCUUAUUCGCCACACACCCCUCCCUCACCUCGCACAUCGCCGGCAUCUCAGCCAUGGGCGGCGCAAUCGGGGGCGGUUUUACCGACGCCCCUAUGGGGACGGUAAAGGGUGAGGGCGAGCGGUUCGGGAAUAUUACGCCGUAUGCUGAGUUUAACGUCUACAUUGACCCGGAGUCUGCGAAGGCUGUAUUGGGGAAUCAGGCGUUGGCGGCGAAGACGACGCUCGUGGUGUUGGAUGUGACGCAUAGGUUUCUCGCGAACGGGGAGGUGCAGAAGAGGAUGUUGUGUGGGUUUGAGGAUGGGGAGGAGGGCGAGGAGCCGUCGGUGGUGAGGAAGUUGUUUGUGGAGAUCUUGACGUUCUUUGCAAAGACGUACGCAGACGUGUUUGGGAUUACCGAGGGGCCGCCUGUGCACGAUCCUCUGGCUGUAGUUGCAGCGUUCGCUCCGGCGCUGUUCCAGGACGGGGAUGGGGAGCGGUAUGAGGUCGAUGUUGUGACGGAUGGCGCUCACGGCGCGCAAGCUGUGGCGAUGAAGUCGCAGUGCGGGAGGACUAUUGCUACGCCUGUGCUGCCUGGAGAAGGGGGUGUGCGGAUACCGAAGGAUUUGGAUUCUGAUGCGGUAUGGCGGAUGAUAGACGAGUGUUUGCGGGCUGCUGAGGAGAGUGCUGGAUGA